UUUCUGUUCCCCAACCCCAAACUUGCAUCUGAUCCGUGCUCCAACUUCUCCUCCAAGCUCUGCCCUCUUUUUUCUUUUAUUCUUUCUCCCCUUUGGAGUCUCAGUUCUCCACUUCUCCUCUCCUCUUACUUUGUUUUCUACUGUUUUUUCCUUUUCCUUUUAUUUUCGUUUGCUUGCUGCUUCUCUGUUCAACGGAGAAAAAUAGGAAAACCCUGCAACGGGCCGAUUUAUGAGGAUCAAAGCUUGCAACCCCCUCAACUCCAAACGGAAGCAGAUCUGAUCCCUGAAGAUGAAGUGCGUGGGAGAGUGCGCCGCGAUGCUACUUCCAAGCGAUGAAAGCAAUGGGUCACCUAUAGUCGGCGGCAACAACGAAUAGAAGUGGGGAUCCGGGGACUUGGUUGGCUACUGGCACCAGGUCAAGGACGCAAGGUUUCUCGGAAGUCGGAACAGUGAAGAUGGACCACGGUUGGACAUUUUUUUCCUUUUCAUUUAAUUCUUUUUACCGGUUAAUUAAGUCUCAGGUUACCUGAGAUCAAUUUGAGAAGGACACAGGUAAAUUUCAGAUUAUUCCAGAAUUAUGUAUAUUUAGGAUUAAUAUUGGAAGAUGUUUAAUAAUUGGGAUUAUUAAUGUGAAUUUUUCCAUAAAUAUAUACAACAUAUAUACGCAAACAUAUGUUUGUAUACAAAUAUAAAAUUAUAAAUUAAAUAAAUAAAUACACACACACACACACACAUAUAUAUAUAUAUUUGUGUAUUUAUUUAAUUAAUUUAUAUAUGGGUUUAUAUUUAUGUAUUUAAUUUUUAUUUGUUGUAUAAAAAGUUUAGAAACUUGGAACACUAGCUCUGCACUAAAACUUACACAAGAAAAUAAAAAAAAAAAAAAACUUGGGCAAAUCCAAUAAAUAGGUCAGUUUUUCAUUUGGUGGACAUUUGUCUCCCUUUAAAUUAAAACACGUUGCUUUGCGAAUUCUCAAAGUAGCUCAUCUUACAUUAGGAAGCUUUAAUGGCUCCAUGAAUUUUGAGAUUGACGGUAGCCUAGGUUUAUCUCAAUAAGGCUUUGUUGUAUCCACCUUAUACAUUAGAAUUUUUCAGUUGACAAAGGCUUAGAAAGCAAUGAUUGUUAUAAUGCUAUUGAGAACAUUUACUGCCUACUGGUAACCAACUUGAACUAUGGUUUUUCGUCCAUGCCAGCUUACGCCAAACAGCUACUUGUUAGUUUCUUGAUCCGUUGCUUCGAGUUGGAGAUUGAGCUGACGCUCUGUGUGUUUUUCAACCUUUUCACUAUUGGUUGAGCCCUGAGGGGGCCAUGUGAUUUGUCCCGGCUUUGCCAAUAUAAUCUUCAGCAAAAACACAAGAGGAGGAUGUAGAAGUGCAUGCAUGGAAGAACAAGUUCAAGUUUGUCAACUGUGGGAAUGAGGUGGUCUUCCCCUGAGCUACUAUGAAGCCUUUCAGAAGCACGAGUGUUUGACCGAUGAAGCCAUCAAACGGAUGCAAGUUGGAUAACUAAUCAAGAGGAUUAUUCAUCCACAAAUGGAUGGUAAUUUCUUCUUGGAGGAGGUGAUAUAUCAUGGGCAUCUAAGAAACAAACUUGUAUCACGGACUCUACCAUGGCUUCCGAGUUUAUAGCUUUAACAUCAACUUGUAAAGAAGCGGAAUGGCUAAAUGAUUUAGUGUCAGAAGUCCCAAUAUGGCCUAAAUCUAUGGCUCCGAUAUCAAUCUAUUGUGAUAGUGAAUCAACUCUAUCGAAAGCUUAUAACCAUGUGUACAAUGAUAAGUCAAGGCACAUAGGAGUGAGACACAACUAUGUGCUAGAACUUAUUAGUUUUGGAGUUGAUGUGAUUGAUUUUGUACGAUCAGAUGUGAAUUUGGCUUAUCCUUUUACCAAGGCAAUGCCAAGGGACAUGGUGUACAAAACACUAAAAGAGAUGAGGUUAAAGCCCUUAGAAAAUAAUCAAAAGUGAAAGAAAGCCCAACUCAACAUCCAAUACAACACUAGAUCUUGAGUUCAAUGACAAUGAGUAAGUCACUACGUGAUUGAAGCACUUUUGAAUAAUAAUCAUCCCGGGAUAAGUGCUUGAGUCUGCAAUGUGUAAUGAGGUUGACUAUGUCUUAAUAGAUCUUUUGAUAAAGUAUUUGAUUGCAUAACACAAUUUGAAAAGACCUACCUAUAUGAGCUAGAAUGGCGGCCGAUUCAACAAGUUUAAGACUUUAUUACUUGUUGGAGCGAGCUCAUGAAUGGGUAUGGACACAAGGCCGUUAGUAGUGUCAAGUUUCUAAGUGAAAUUGUAUUAAGAUUUAUGUGUGUAAUAUCUUCAGUAUUUCAAAGUGGUUAUGUAGUUCAAAGCUUAGUCUACUAUUAAACCAAGCAUUCCAGCCCAGCUGGUUGCGAGGUUACCGUGCCUAGUGGGAGGUCUCGAGUUUGAAACCCGCUAGGCACAUAAAGGAUUUGAAACUCAAUGGAGUGAGUUUCAGCCCUGAUUACUCCAGCCCGCUAGGCACUUGUGUACACGUGUACUUGUGGUCUCAUAAUAUUUACUCCCUCCGUCCCGGUCAUUUCUUCCGGUUUUGACCGGUAUCGCAAAUUUAGGUAGUGGGA